UUUUUAUGUAACUCCCCUAUCUCUCCUCUUCUGUAUGUAUUUGUUUUUUUUUCCUCUGCAUCUUCAUCUCUUUGAAGUCCUUUCUACUAAAACUCUCAUGGCGAAGACAAAGGUAAUGGUGAGUAUCACUUUGUAUCUGCUUUCACUUUUCCUGGUGAUGUCUUUUGGUGAACUCCAAGUCGGGUUCUACUCGAAGACAUGCCCUGAAGCUGAGACAAUCAUCAGCAGAGUCGUUACAGGAGCUCUCCUCUCCGAUCCUACCAUCCCUGCUGUCCUUCUCCGUCUCCAUUUCCAUGACUGUUUUGUCGAGGGAUGUGACGGAUCGAUUCUGGUGAACAACGGAGCCGAUUCAGAGAGGAAUGCCUUUGGUCACCAAGGGGUUAGAGGGUUCGAGACGAUAGAAGCGGCCAAAGCCCAGCUUGAAGCUGUAUGCCCAGGUGUUGUCUCGUGUUCAGACAUCGUCGCCUUGGCUGCUCGAGACUCCAUAUCUCUGGCAAAUGGGCCAGCGUACGAGGUUCCGACAGGGAGGAGAGACGGUCGGGUUUCGAAUCUAUCCUUGGCCAGCGAUAUGCCAGACAUCGACGACUCUGUGCAGGAGAUGAAGUCGAAGUUCAUGCGAAAGGGGCUCAAUGCCAAAGACCUCGUCCUUCUCAGCGCGGCUCACACUAUCGGGACAACGGCGUGCUUCUUUAUGACCAAACGUCUCUACAGUUUCCUGCCCGGAGGAGGACCCGACCCGACCAUCAACCCAGUGUUUUUACCCGAACUAGUUUCUCGUUGCCCUCGAAAUGGCGACAUCAAUGCUCGCUUACCCAUCGACCAUUUCAGCGAGCGGCGCUUCGACAAGCAGAUUCUGCAGAACAUUAGGCAAGGAUUCGCCGUUCUGCAGUCGGAUGCGAGGCUGUACGAGGACGAGAUGACCCGACGGGUAGUGGAUUCUUAUUUCGGGCUGCUGAAUCCGAUCUUCGGGCCGUUUUUCGAGGCCGAUUUCGUGGAGUCGAUGGUGAAGAUGGGGAGGAUUGGGGUCAAGACCGGCCGUCACGGAGAGAUAAGACGGGUUUGCUCGGCGUUCAAUUGAUAAGGAGGUAAAUAUUGGGGAGGUGAGAUUAGUUUAAUGUUAGAUUGUGUUAUUAUGUCAAAUUGUAUCAAUUGAUUUCUGUUGUU